UAUCCGCGAGGUGGCCACGUUAGGUUUUGGAACAUAAUCAUGGAGGUCGUGGGAUUUCGGAAGAGCUCAAAUGGAAUCAGCUUGGCGGAUAUGCCGUGUGAAAUAUUGGUGAACAUAUGCUCCUAUUUGGACUUCCAUGACCUGAUGCGGUGUAGUCGUGUCAGUAGACGCUUGCGCGACGUCUGUACCCACGACGCUAACUGGAAAGGCCUGUGCAAGAAAUACUGGCUGGAAACCGAGCUGCCUCCUGGUGCAACAUGGCGCAGCCACUUCCGGGCGCUGCAUGGAGACCUGCGGCGCUACGUGCACUGCUACGCCCAGAUGAAGGCGGCCUGGGAGAAGAUUGGCCGUUUCAUGUCCCAGUACUGCCCCGUCAUCGCCCAGUCCAUCAAAGCCGGAACGACGGAAGAAAAGCUGGACGAGGCGGAGCGGAAGCUGGGGGUCCGCUUCCCCGACGACCUUCGAUGCUGCUACCGGAUCCACAACGGACAGCGGCUCGCCUCGCCCGGGCUGAUGGGGAGCAUGAGCAUUCCGUCCCACUACCGGUCCGAGUCCCUGCUGGACAUUGAGACGGCCAUCGCUGGAUUCCAGAGCCGUGAGGGCCUGCAGGGCUGCAUGCCCCUGACCUUCUGCCUGCACUCGGGGCUGACCCAGUUCAUCGCCCUUAAGGACACGGACGGCCACCUGCCCCAGUCGGUCUUCUACCCGUCCCAGGACCUCACCCAGGGCCCCAGGGCACACCCCAUCGACGCCUUCAUCACCGCACGCUCUUUUCUAGAAUGGUUCACGACUUACGCGGACAUGCUGGACAACAAGGAGUUUGUGGUGCUAGACAACCAGCCUUACAGGUUCUUUCACGAGCCGGGGUGCGAGCUCACCACAGACAACAUCACCGUCUCCGUGGCCACCUGCUUUGUGCCCGAACUCAGCAGCAUCAACCCUCCGCACUUCUUCCACACGUAUCGUAUCACCAUGUCCAUGCCGGAGCACGCCCUGGAGAAGGAGAGCUGUCAGCUGGAGUCCCGGCACUGGAUCAUCACAGACGAGAACGGGCUGGAAGAACGCGUGGAUGGUCGAGGAGUCGUGGGGGAGUACCCCGUGAUGUGUCCCGGCGCCUACUUCUCGUGGGUGAGCUGCACCAGUCUGAGCACCACCUACGGCAACAUGAAGGGCCACUUCAUCAUGCGCAACCUCGAAACCGGGGACCUGAGUGAAGUGCACUGCCCGGUGUUCCACAUGAAGUGUCUGCCUUACGUCACGUCAGUGGAGAGGGAGGCGCUCAAGAGGGAGAGGGAAGCCCUCAAGAAGGCACAGUGAAGGCACUCUCCCCUCCGCACCCCCCGUAUUUAUUUCGCCCUCAGGGAGGGAGGCGCAACGGAGGCGGCGACGGCAGCGAAGGAUCCACCAGCUCACGUGCCUCACCAGAACAGAACAUUUGUGAGCCUGGUGUGUGAAACGACGUGCUCGCCACGAGUUUCGUCCACAAAAAAAAGCGGGCGGUAGCGAAGCUCCGAGCGAGCAAAGAUUACAAAGACGCCUCUCUAUGGUCCCCUCGUCCCCGAGUCGACAGUGCUGUGGGAGCCGCAACUGGCACGUGGGUACGAGCAAGAUUGCGAUCGCUUGGCGAAGGAUGGACGUACGGCUCGCCGUCCGCUCGGGGGAGAACGAAGUAUGAGAUAAAGGACUCGCGCAAUAGGUCGCAUUUUUCUAUUCUAGGCAACGGCUUCCGGCAGACUAUAUCGCCGCAGGUUCCGUCUGGGAAGCGCAGCAUUUAAGCGACCCCAAGCCACAGAAACUCUGGACGGUGGUACGGGACUGCUCGAACGGCCAUGAAGUGUGAAGUUUUGUGGAUCCUAAAGGGAGGGGAUUUUUUUACUGGGGUUUUGGCAGAGCCGGUGUGGCGUAGGGUUGGAAAACUCAAAAUCUACAGCUUAAAGGCCGUGGGGUCUAGGGUUGGAAAAGUCGAAAUCCGGAGCUUAAAGGACGUGUGGUCUAGGGUUGGAAAAGUUGAAAUCCGGUGCUUAAAGGCCGUGUGGUCUAGGGUUUUAAAAGUUGAAAUCUGAAGCUUAAAGGCUGUGAUGUCUAGGGUUGGGAAAGUCAAAAUCUAAAGCUUAAAGGCCAUGUGGUCUAGGAUUAGAAAAGUCGAAAUCCAGAGCUUAAAGGCCCGUUCACACAUACACCACAGUGCUGGCUCGGCGCUGUAGGUCACCGCCGCAAACGGCAUCAACACCACAUCGGCAAGAUCGGCACUAGAAACGGCACUGAUCUUGGUGGCAUCGCCGCAACCUUUCACUAUAUUAGUGAUAUGGCACCGCAUCAAUGACGGUCGUGUUCGAGCGUGUAUCGGUGCCGUUCUUGGUGCCAAUUCGGCGAACCGGGCCGUAGCACUCGACCGGCCGUACGGCGAGGAGCGUUGCUCGCUCUAAAGAAAGCUCUGCCCCGCACAGUAGACCUCGAAAGGCUGCUCGCGACGGAGCUCAAAAGGCCGUAAAGUGAUCACCAGCAUUCAAAGAAAGCUUAUCGCAGACUGCGUGAGCGCGAUCAAAUCACACGUUCCCCACGUUGCUGUUUGGAAGGGACGGCAUUGCAGUUGAGAACCUCGCGCGGGCUUUCUUCGUCUCUGGGGCCCGGCUGUUUCGAGCCACUAUGCAAGCUAUGCUCAGCGUACCGACACCCCCCGAUCGUUUUGCAGGUGUCGCCAUUUCGCCGUAUGGUGCGGAACAGCUGCAGUCGGCGGCAUUCGGAAAACGUGACCUCCCGAGCUUUAAACGCGGCAUGGGGAAGCUCGAGCGACGUAAGUUUGCUCUGUUGCGGAUCGUUUUUUACACUUUUAGGGGACGGAAAAGGGUUUCCUUCGAUUUCCGGCGAAGCUUUGGAUAGCUGGCGACGGCGACUGUAAGCGGCGCCCUAGUCGAGAUCCCCCUACGCAGAGGGGUUAGCCCUGAAUUCGAAUGCGGUGGUUGGAGCGUCGCCACUCUGAAGCAUCGCGGUGGCUCUAGCUUCGACUUGAACGGCCGAAUUCUCGCACGGUAUGCGUGAAAACGGUGCAAUAGGAACGUUUACGGCGGCAGCAAUUCGUUUUGGGCAUGCCAUUGCGCACGACUGCACUCGGGUUUUUCUGCACGCACGACGGUAACAUCGCGGCGACAUAGGAGGUCAGUGGGUGCGUCGAGGUUUUCGGCCCGGCUUCUGCCAGAGAUUUUUUAUGUGGUAGAUUGCCCAAGCUUGCACCCAGAAUACCGCAAGGUCCGCGUGCCAUUGCAACGGUUGUGUGCUUUUUGUGGACGUUGGGAAUAAACUAUGAGGGGUUCAAAUGUUUAGUCGUAUCCCGUGGUGCCCACAGAGGUGCUAAACGCAAAAAAAAGAAAUAUACUUUUUUAGGUAUUUGUAUAGGACGUGUAGGUUACAAAAUGAACUCUCCCCCCAAAAAAAUUUAUAUUGUCACGAAUGAACAAAUGAAAGAAAGAAUAACUGGGGAAACUGAAACGUUUAAUGGGGCGAACUUGUGCCCAAAAAUAAAACGAAAAAGAAAGAUAACAACAGAGCGUCGCGGGCGUCGAAGGCGGCGAAGCAGCAGGAUCAAACGCUGAGGCGAAAAACUGAGUCCGGUUCGCCACGCGGCGCCCCUUAUGUACAUGCGUGAGCUUCUGGAACAAUCGGCGUAGAAUGUUCGACGCGUAGAACAUUCGGACCUUGAAUACGCAACAUUAUUCUCGAAUCUACUAGAAAACUAAAUUGCAGGAAUAACAAAAGAUGCGGCGCUCUGUGGGAGGCAGGUGCUCUGUGGGAGGCAGGCGCGAUAACCAUUAGGCCACGCGCGCGCUGCCUACUUGACCAGCUGCGCACGCUGCAAUAUUGUAACAUUUACGUCGCGAGGCACGUUGUGAGUUAUGAGAAAUUCAGUCCUAUCGAGGCACUUAGGAAAACAAACGUACGCUUCCCGUUUUUGUUUCUUUUCUCUUUUCUCUCCUUCACGGGCUCUCCCUCGAGAGGUUGGUCACAUCUUGGUGAACAAACUCUCGGGGGAAUUCGAUCGCCAAACGUGAGCGUGAGGUGUGUAAACAUUGUUUGUGUCCUUUAAGCAGCGAGCAUAUUAGAUCCUUCUUGGGACACUUCUUUCACUCCUUCAUUACCCUCAAAGUUUGGGAGGGGAGGAUGUUAAUAGGAUUACCCUCCGCAGCGAAAAUCAAGGCUCUGCGUCGGCCUUCGAUGCCGCCGUUGCACUCAAUUUGUGAGUGCAGUAAGAAAUUCAUGUGCAGCAGCUUCAGAUUGCUUCCAUGUGUGCGACAUACUGCGCAACACGUUUAUUAAGCAUCCGGCUUUUUUUAUUAAUUAUGUUUACUGCAGCCCAUUUAUAGAAUAUUGUAAUAUGCAUUUACAGUAAGACUUUAUACCUUACGCAAGGUUGUUGGCAUCUGUGUUGGUUUCUAACAGGUUGUGCAGAAAGCAUUUUGCGUGAGAGUUGAUUUUCACCCCUAAUAGGUUUUAACUACGAAGUGGGAAAGCAGAUGUUCUGCCACCUCACUUAAUAGUUGUGCCACGCUUGAAACACAAAUUGGGGCACAAAACAGUUUUAUAUUCUAGCAUGAACCUUAACAUUGAGCAGACAGGGAAAUUAAUGCGAAGGUGUUCGGUAAGAAAUGAUGGAAACAUGAUGUCUUAUUACUUCGAGGUGUUGCUAGCCUGACUAAAUUAAAACGUGACCGCACAUUAGCGUCUGGCAGCAAUAUCUGUUGUAAAGGUCAGUUUUGCUGACUUACUAAAGUUUCAGGAUAACAGCGGGUCAUUUGGCAUUGAGAAGUUGCAACGAAUCACCUUCCACCAUUAUAUACACAAAAAAGUUUAAUAUUUUUUGUGCAAUGUCGCUUGGUGUUGGCUACACGUUAACUGUAAGCCCGCCCAUAUGCUACAAAUGAUUGUGUGAUCUACCAUCACAGGCUCUGCUGCCUCCAAUGGCAGGGGUGGCACUAAGCAUGCCGCUGGCACUGUAAAAGUAACGAAAAAAACUGCGUCGACCAAUUUAUUAAACACAUAGACGAAGUUGCGUCGUAAUAUAUGACCCGUGGUCUUCCUGGAUGAUAACGAAGAGUUCCGCAUUGCUCUCUCGAGAACAAAAAUUGAGCGGAGUUACUUUUUAAUAUGGGCGGUUGGCAUUGCCGCUUUUGCUCUUUGGAAAGACGGCUGCCGGUCUUCAAUAACUGGACGAUUUACUUGUUUCUUUUUUUUUUGUUUUUAUACUUACAACUGAAAAGUGAUACUGCUAAAUUGUGUGCACCAUUUUGAAUAUUGUUUACCGCGCUCACCGGUAUCGACGCAGGCCAAACGUUGUUUCCGUAAGGUUUACCCGUCUCGUGUUUCAAAAUUCCCGUCAUUUUAUUACGAUAUGCCAGAAAUGUGCGACGGUCACGCGAGGACGUUUCCUGCAGAAUCUAAGCGUAAUAAAGUGUGGAUGGGUUCAAAUUUUAGCAGACGAGCAUUCUGUGUAGGCAGCUAUGGCUACCGAGAGCGGCGGCUUUUAUAUUAACGCCACAAAGGUUACGCCUCAAACGUUCUUUCGCGAAUGCUUUGUUUUCAACGCUACGUUGCCCGACGUAUCUAAAUUUAGAAGGUGCACAACGUUUCUGUUCUAGAUCCUUGAGGCCAGUUCGCACGUCUGCAUUCGAAUGUGGCUGAAUGCGCACAGUGGCGCUGUCCUUUAGGUAUGCCCGGAACUCUUCCGAUUUGCGUACAGGUAGACUGAAGGUACUGAAGUACUUGCUCGAUCGAACAUAUCUACGAGAUAUUGGCACUUAUAGCAUUACGAGAAUUAUUCCGAGCCCACGUUGGGUGCGUAAAAGAUUAUGUACGCAGAUCAGAAGGGUUCCACGGUGCUUGACAGAUAACGCCAGCGUUUUUUCUCGUUGCACACCCGCACGGCACUUUUGAUCUUGCUCGAGGUCAGUUGGCACGUAUGUUGCAACGCUAAACCGGCACCAUAAACAGCACUCUGUCACUCAUAUAGUGCAAAUCGGGUGCCAAGGUGGCACCACGUGGUGCACGUGCGAAGGAGCCUUCAGACGCAGAUGUGCGAGACAGCCUCUCCACUGGGGCCAUUUCGGUUCAGCUCUUUGGGUAAGCUUGUCCAAGUGAGUCUGGCCGGGUAUCGAGCGCCCAGUACCUCUAAAACGGCCCAAAACGUUUGGGCGUGAAAAGAAACUCUUCCUAUAUCGGAUUCCUUUCGGCGUCUGCUCGCACCGUCCGACUUUGGGAAGUGUCUAAAGAUGGCCCGGUUUUAAGGGGUAAAAGAAAAGGGGACAGGAGGGGGGCGGAGGGGAUAUUUGGAAACUUUCUCAAGAUCUGCCCGUGUCUCCAGAAGUCUGUUUGGAUGCCAGGAAAUCUGUUGCUUCGUGGGUUUUGCAAAUCAAGGUCCAACGUUUUGCUCUGGACCUCGGAAACUUUGGUGGUCACGAGUCAGAACGUAGCAACGACGGCGAUGCGCGCGUUUACUCUCUCUUUUUGUUGGAACUUCUACGACUAUGGGCCAGGAUUGCAACACCCGACGGCACGGCGCACCGGCUCCUGCGACGCGAUUUGUUGCCACUUUGGGACCACCUUCGAUGCACGGGUGGCGCGAGACUCUAAACACGGCAGUCCAAGACUCGUUACAAGCACCAUAGCGACAUAUUACGAGCCGAAAGGGAACUUGACCGCCUUGCAGGGUUUGUGGAACGUGGCGUAUCGGUGGCGAACGUGACCGGUGGCACGCAGCCCCGUUGCACCUGUUCGACGUGUCUUCCUCAAACAUUGUAACAUACUGCGUAAAAUACUGAGUGGGAGUGUGCGUAUUAAAGUGGCUUUGCAAGGAAA